AUGGAGGUGACCCCAAAGUCUAAUAUCUCGGAGCUAAAGGACAUUGCAAAGAAGGUAUUACCUCAAAUAGAGCAGGUAUACUCUCACUCUGAUCAGCAUAUCGAUGAAGCAAGGUUACUCACUGAGCUUCUGAGAGUAAUUGCUCAAAUUCCGGACAAAUUUCAUUUAUUUUGUGAUCCAACCUUUGGUCCAAUAUCUGUUUUCUGUUUGACGCUGUUUUCGUUUAGCAAUCAGGAAACUAUCGAGUGGCUGAAGAAGAAAUUCAAUCCUGUUUUGGCGGAAUGCUCAGACUGUGUUUCUGCAUUUACUCGCGGGAAAUGUCAAAUGUUACAACAUUUUGCCGUUCGCCGAAAGGUGCCACAUGAGCAUGUUAUGAAGUUCAAUAACAUUAUCUCUCUUUGGCGCUCGGAGGCCUUAUUACCAGUGGUACAAGGAAUAUCUGUUAAUAAUAACACCAACGUUAGUGUCACGCCGCAAAUCAAAACCGCACUUCACGAAUGUCUUUGUAACCCACAGGUACUACGAAAUAGUGAGAAAUUGAAGGCGACAUUCGACGCAAUUUUCAGGUACCUUUACGAUUCCCAGCAUCCAUUUUUGGACGUUAAUGGCUAUGCCAAGAAAGCUAAACCUUUUACUGCUGGUAUCAUUUAUUGUUGGUUUGAGGGCACUUCGGAGGAAUCCGCUUGGUCAAAACGAAUUAUAGAAUCUCUCCAAGAUGAAAGUUUCCAGUUUACGUCAAAGAACUUUACUCAGGAUCUACUCGAGGAGAUAAACGUACAUUUUCUUUACUUACAAAUCGUCACCAACUUCCACGAGGCGUUGAUAUCCCAUUUUUGGAUCAAAUUAACCCCAGUCUUAGAGCUCAUGGAGUUAGACUUGAUUGAAGAGUAUUUUGUGGUCCCAAAGGAUAUUGAAUCCUUAAAGCAAUCCUUCAAAUAUCCUAUUCAUUCCAUUUUCGGUCUAUGGUAUAUUCACUUCGCGCAUAACUACAAAAGCAAGCCCUUGGAGGUACUUUUAAGAGCGCUUAAAAUGAUGUUACAGAAGUGCCAGUAUAACUUUUGGACAUUGAUCGAGCCGUUCACAUUCCACAGUAUUCUGGAUAUAACUUUCGAAAACGACUCAUUCAAUCACGCGUUAACUAGAGUUCGCAAUAAUGAGAUUUUGCCCAAUGAUAGGAAAAGCUUGGUUUCAAGCAAUGGCUCUUUAACCGAUCUUGUCGCUUGGACGUUACCUUUUUACUUUUCUUUAUCUUCAUCAAAAAGGAUCCAAAUGGUGAAAAAGGUUUCCAUCGCCUUCUUGAAGAUUGUAUCCCAUAACCAGUCUCUAAAUUCAGAACCGAAAGCAUUGCUCAUGAAUUCAUCGACAGCCUUACUGAAUGCUGUAUUAAGUAUAAGUGACGAAGAAAGAUCGAAUCUUUACUCAAGUGACGUUUUUGAAACGACCCUUUACACCAAGCUCGACUCUCGUGCUCUUUUGAACAACGACUUGAUCUUACAAGUUGUUUUAAAGUCUGCCACAGAUCCUGAGUCGCUAUAUCCUGGAAUGGGCGAGUCUAUCUAUUCCGUUUCUUCAUCAGCAACUAGUGUUUUGUCAACAUGCAUUGAUUACGAUAUUCUUGUUCUAUGUCAGGCAUCUUUUCAAAUUUAUUCUGGCAAGAAGGCUAACGAUAUCAAAAUGUCAACUAAGUUACUUUCGGAAGUCGUGAAGCAUUUAGAUUUGAGGCGCUUCCAUGACGGACCAAAGCUCGCCACACAACUUUUAGCUUCAAUGAGAAAUGCUAACGGCCUUCUUACUUUUGAUUCUAAUGAUGAGAACGUGAAAUUCCAUAACAGGUCCAUCCGCUCGUAUACCGAACUACUCCAGGUCCUUUUGACAAAAUUCACAGAUUUGCAACCCUCACAACUUAUUAAGGUCUUGUCAGAUGAUUAUGCCUCACAUGGUUUUUGGUCUUGCAUCUUCGCUUCUGAUAGUGGUCUUUAUCAAUCGGCAACCAACAUGCUUUACGAAACGUUUGAUGUUGAGGGCAGAUUAGAAGGCAUCCAUGAGAUGUUAAGUAAAGAUCUUAAGUGCUGUUUGAACUCCAUAAACGCAGUUCUUUCUCAACUGAUAAAAAACGAGUUUUUUGAACCAUGCCCGCGCGCUGUAAGAGUUCUAAUGGAUAUCAUCAGCAUCUUCAGUGAUCCCAUUAAUGGAACGCUUGCUAAUCAUGAGACAUCAAAUCCUGAAGGAACAGACAGUGCCCUUCUCAAGUUCUGGGAGUAUUCCUGGAGAUUUCUCAACAUGAUCUAUAAAGCAACACUCAAAUGGGCGACGCGGUAUCCAUAUUCAAAGCUAGAAAACUUCACGAAAGACACAUUGGAUACAAGUAUUCUUCUGAUAAAUGCAUACAGAGAGUUUUAUGCCACUCUCUCAGGAGAUAAUAGUGUUACUGAUGGUGAAAGUUUUCUCAAUAAUAUCUUGGACACUUUUAAGGAUAUGCUCUAUUGGCUGAGGCUCAGUGACGAAUAUUUACUUGCGUCUUGUGUCACAUUGAUUGUGAAGGCAGCUGACCUUUCAAAAGAACAAGGACUGAAGUUCAAUGAUGACCUCGUUGAAUUGAUGGCACGCUAUGCGCUUAGGGCUCGUAAAUUCUCGAACAAGCUAACUCCUCAGCAGUCCAGCGAUAUCCUCUCUCGAGCUAAAGCUUUCAACGAGAAACUUGUUGAUAUUGUUGCGGCAGAAGCCGACAACUAUCACAGAGAGAAAGACAAACCAAAUCCCUCCAUUGAGUCGAGGUCUGUAUCUCCUCAUCCAAUCUCUGCAUCUCAAUUAUCUUCGACAGAAUCAAAAGCCGACUUUUUGCAGAGAAAGGCGAUGGCAUCAUCAAUAGUGGGUCGCCCUAGAGGACAGGCUAAGAUAACUUCCUUCGGCACACUGAGACCCGGAAUGGCUUUAAAGCCUGCUGCUCCACCUAAAAAACCUAUUUCACAAUUGGAAUUAGCCAGGCGACAGCUUAUGGCAGAUCGAAAGGUUCAUCCCCCAUCGUCUUCUGUAUUCAACCCGAGAGGUGCGAAACAGACUCAUUACAAGUCGGUAGACGAUAGUAGUGAUGAAAGUGGAGAUGACCUUGAAGGAGCUCAGGAGCUAUUUUCUCUCUCGAAGCCCAAAGAGAGAAGUACUCCCAUUGUGCUAGACAUUAACGGUAAACCUGUUCAGAAAGUUUCCAGAGCCCAAUUAAUCAAACAAGAAGAAGAGAAUAUGAGGAAGAGACUCAAUGUGGAUAUGAAUCCUCUUUAUAAGCAGGUACUAAAAUGGGACUAUACGAGUACCUCGGAGUUUCCCUCUACUGCUACAAAUUUCAAGUACCAAGACUUGAAAGACGAAUUUAAGUCUUCAGAAGCAUAUCAGGGAAUUAUGGAGCCUCUUCUGCUUCUUGAGUGCUGGCAAGGGCUAUGUGCAGCACGGGAUAGGGAGGAUAAUAAGCCAUUUAGCAUAGUAAUUGGAAAUCGCACAGCUGUUUCUGACUUCUACGAGAUCUAUGCCUCAAUAAAUAAACGGAUGGCGCAGGAUUCUGGUAUCACCGAGUCAGAUCUGAUUGUUCUGUCCUUCUUCCCUAAUAAUCCAAGAAUUGAUGAUCUAAAAGCAGAUGACUUCAAGGCUUCGCAAGCCACUUGUUUGGCCAAGGUAUGCUCCUUGAAGAACUCAAAAGGAGGUAAUAUGGAUUUGACAAUUAGAAUUGAAAGGAGCCACAGCUUUAGUCGAUUCUUGACACUCAGAGCUGAAAUACAAGCCGUCAAGGUUAUGCAAAUGACGACGGUCGAGAGAGAAUACAGCUCUUUGGUGGGCUUACCUUUUUAUGAUCUUGUCGAUCAGAUCCUCGAAGGCAAACCGACCUCGAGGCAGGAGUUCGACUUUUCAGAGGUUGACCGUGUGAAGACAAAUUAUAAACUCAAUAAAUCGCAGGCAGAAGCAGUGGUAGCCACAGUAGGCGGAGAAGGUUUUUCCCUCAUCCAGGGUCCUCCGGGAACUGGAAAAACAAAAACGAUUUUAGGCGUUAUUGGCUAUUUCCUUACUACUCGCAAGGCAUUGCCAUCCAAUGUUAUUAAGCAGCCCACAGAUUCUGUUUCUACUUCGACGGAACAACUUCUGCAAAAGCAAAAGGUUCUCAUUUGCGCUCCCAGUAACGCGGCAGUUGAUGAACUGGUGUUGCGUCUUAAAAGUGGCAUAUAUGAUAAGAACGGUGAACUUUUCUCGCCAAAGCUGGUGAGGGUCGGUAGAUCCGAUGCUGUAAGCGCGGCCAUCAAAGAUUUGACCCUUGAGGAGCUUGUAGAAAGAAGAUUAGCCGGUAAAAGCUAUGAGUUUUCGCAUGAUGCAAGCCUUGACAAGAAUUUUCAUGAAGCUGUUUUGGAGCGUAAAAAACUGCGCCAAAAGCUGGACAUUGAAGAUGGCUCCAUAUCAAGUAACUUGUCCACCGAAGAUAUCUCUAAGAUCCAAAUGAGUAUCAGAGAACUCAGCAAAAAAGUUAAUGAGCUAGGGCGUCAAAGAGAUGAGCUUCGGGAACAAAACUCCGUUAACUUCAGGAAUAGAGAAUUGGAUAGAAGAAAAACGCAAGCAAGGAUUUUAGCUGAAAGUGAUAUCAUCUGUUCGACGUUAUCAGGUUCUGCUCACGACAUUCUUGCCUCUUUGGGAGUGAAGUUCGACACAGUCAUUAUAGAUGAAGCUUGUCAGUGUACGGAGCUUUCGAGCAUCAUUCCUUUAAGAUAUGGCGGCAGAAGAUGCAUUAUGGUAGGAGAUCCCAAUCAACUUCCACCCACAGUGCUUUCAGGUGCAGCCAGCAAAUUCAAGUAUAAUCAAUCAUUGUUUGUUAGGAUGGAAAAGAAAUGCAAUCCAUAUCUGCUUGAUGUGCAAUAUCGAAUGCAUCCCUCUAUCAGCAAAUUUCCCUCUUCUGAGUUUUAUGGGGGUAAACUUCAUGACGGGCCAGAUAUGGAAACGCUGAGUGUCAGACCUUGGCAUUCACAGCCUACACUAGGACCUUAUAAGUUUUUUGACGUUUUUAACAGUCGUCAGCAGCAAAAUCAGAAAACAAUGUCUUAUGUUAAUUCUGAGGAAUGCAAGGUCGCGAUCGAACUUACCGAAUUUUUACUUAAUAAAUUCGAGAAAUCGGUAGAUUUCACUAGGAAGAUUGGUGUCAUAUCCCCCUACAGGGAGCAGAUGCAGAAGAUGAAAAGAGAAUUUAGAAGCUAUUUUGGAAACCCGAUAUUAAACAUUGUGGAUUUUAAUACCAUCGAUGGGUUCCAAGGUCAAGAGAAAGAAAUUAUUAUUAUUUCGUGUGUUCGGGCCGACGAUUCAAAAUCAGGUGUUGGAUUUCUAAAAGAUUUCAGGCGUAUGAAUGUGGCCCUAACUCGAGCAAAGGCUAGUAUGUGGAUUCUGGGGCAUUACUCUUCUCUUUCGAAAAAUAAAAUGUGGAGAGAUCUCAUCAACGAUGCCAGGGAUCGUGGUUGCUUUGAGUUAGCGUGCUCUGGCUUUUUGAAUCCCAAAAACACUAAAGCUGCAAGACUUCUAAAGCAAUAUUUAAACAAGUGUGAACCCUCUAAUUCAGACGAUUACGAUCCAAUAACGGCAAGCGUGGCUGUCAGGAAGCAAUACACCAAGGCCUCUAAUGAAAACACGCGGGCAGUUAUCAAUACAUCAGUGACCGAUCUCGAAAAGUUCAAUUCCCAAGGAGCCAACAAAGCCCCGGCGUCCCGCACUCAGUCUCAGAAAUGCGAUAACGUUAAGGCCGAGAUCUCGAAACCGCGUUCGAAGACGAAAAAUACGCAAGGAACACGUAAAAAGUCUUCGAUUUUUGGUGCACCUAGUAUGAUGUCUGGUGUGGCGAAUAUAGAAGCAGGUGAUCCUCCCAAACCCAGCGUUUCACAAGAUUCUGUGGCUUCCAAAAAAGUUAGAUUUGAUGAAAGUAGUAAGAUUCACAAGAUGACUGACAGGAGUUUGUCAGAAAAAGAGGUUUAUGGGAGAUCGCACUUGGAAUGUCGAUCCAGAGAUUCGUUUAAUUUGGCGGAGAACGAAGUCGAAGAAAAUGGAAGUGAUGACUAUGAUCCCAUCUUGAAUCUAUCAACGUUAUCUCAAAAAAAUACUAUAAAUUCCUCAACAUCGGGAACAAAUGGAGCCUCUACGAGGAUGAGGUCUCCAAUUCAGCAGAGAAUUGAAAACCAGAUUUCUAAAGUUGCCACUCCUGGUCUUGAGUCUGAAUAUCCUGAUGCGACUAACAACACAAACCAUCUUGACAAUGGAGUAAAAACGGAUGUGGGGCCCAAACCGGGAGCGCAAUCCCCACAUCAACACGUUUCCAAUAAGCGGUCAUCAGGAGCAAGCAACCUGUUCAUCCCUAAGAAGAAAAAAAAAUCUUGCCACCUCAUAAAAGAUAGAACACUUAGCAGCGAUGACGUACUUGUAAUACCAUUGACGCAAUUCUUGAACUCUAAUCUUCUUUCUUUAAUUUUCCUACAUUAG